GGUUCAGUUACUAAAGUUAGUUCAGACAAUACGCACAAUUUUCAAUUUCAAUUUCAAAUUCAAAUUCAAAUCGAAGCAAAAGAUCAACUUCCCACUUCACUUGACUUGUAAUCACAAUUGAGAUCAGAUGCGGAUGCAAAUGUGGAUCAAUCAUAGUAGAUAGAUAGACAACGUGCAACGUGCAACAAGUGCAACUAGGAUCAAAAGCUCAGCUCCACACUGAGCUUUUGUCCUUCAAUUCGAAUCGUUUUUUUUUCUGUUCUGUUCUGUUCUGUUUUUUUGUUAUUUUAUUUGUUUGUUACCAACAACAAUGCAACGCAACAAAUGACAAAGUGCAGAAAGCUGAAGAAAGCUAAUCAAAAAGAGAAACUCACAGCAAAAGGAGCAAAACUAUGAACUGCUGAAAAAGACAGCGCCCAACAAAAAAAAUAAAAAUACAAAUACAAAUAAUUGAAUCAAACUUCUGUUGGAUUUCUUGUGCAAAGUGAAUACAAAAAAAAAACAAAAAAGUUUCCAAUAUGUCGCGCCAAGUGCAUAAACCUUCGAUAUCUAUAUAACUGAAGGGGUUCUCGAGACGUUCGCAGCUGCAGUUUUUCGCAGCUUUCGGCAUUCAGCUUCCAGCUUUCCAGCUGAAGCUUGCAGCUUCCAGUUUGCAACUUCAGUUCCAGUUCCAGUUUCAGUUCCAGUUAAUUAAUUAAUAAAACAUAGUCAAAACUGAACAGUCAAUAAGCCAAGAAGAAGAAGAAUAGGCAUAAGAAGAAUAAGGGAAAAGGAGAAGACAAGCAGAGCGCGUGUCUUUGUGCGUGCACAAGCACAAAAGCAACAGAAGCAACAGAAGAAAGAGGAGAAGAAGGAGGAGGAAGAAGAGCGAGCUCAAUUCUUCCUUUGGUGCAAUAAAAGCCGCCAAAAUACGCAAAAAGGUGACCACAAAGAAAGCCAGCGUUGUUUCGACGGUCGAGGACGACAACAACAACAACAGCAACAACUACAGCAACAACUACAUCCAGAGCUUCGACUACGACAACGCUAACAACGCUCGGCAGCAAACAACAUCAGCAACAACAACAACUACAGAGAGACACGAAGAAGAAGAGGAACAAAGCAAUAUGGACGAGACACAACAUUUCUGCUUGAGAUGGAACAACUACCAGAGCAGCAUCACCUCAGCAUUCGAGAACCUUCGCGACGACGAGGACUUCGUCGAUGUGACGCUCGCCUGCGAGGGGCGCAGCAUAAAGGCCCAUCGCGUGGUCCUCUCCGCCUGCAGUCCCUACUUCCGCGAUCUGCUCAAGAGCACACCCUGUAAACAUCCCGUCAUACUGCUGCAAGAUGUGAAUUUCAUGGACCUGCACUCGCUGGUGGAGUUCAUCUACCACGGCGAGGUGAAUGUACACCAGAAGUCGCUGCAGUCCUUCUUGAAGACCGCCGAGGUGCUGCGCGUCUCGGGACUGACACAGCAACAGGCCGAGGACACGCACAGCCAUUUGGCACAGAUCCAGAACCUGGCCAAUGCCGGAGUGCGCACUCCGUUAAACUCACAUCCACAUCCACAUCAUGGGGCGCUGCACGAUGACGGAGGCGCCACGCUGUUCAGCAGCCGCCAGGGACAGGGCGGGGCCGGGUCACCGCCACCGCCGCCGCCACAGCUGCCGCAGCACAUCAACAACCAUCUGCUGAAGCGGAUGGCGAUGCUGCAUCGCGGCAGCGUUUCGGGAGACGAGACAUCGCAGGCUCUGAAGCGGUUGCGCAGCUCUGAUAACGGUUUGCCCAGCAGCAACAACAACAGCCCGGACUUGCAGUUGCAUGCCCCGCGCAGUGCAUCGCCGCAGCUAACCCCCGCGGACUUUAGCACCAUCAAGCACCACAACAACAACAACACACCGCCGCUCAAGGAGGAGAAACGCAAUGGACCCACUGGCAAUGGCAACUCGGGCAACUCUGGCAAUGGCAACUCUGGUGGCAACAACAACAACAACAACAACAAUAACAACAACGGAAACGGAAAUGGAAACGGAAACUCGAACGGCAUCUCGAUCAGCGAGAAACUCGGCAGCCUAACACCUUCGCCUUUGGCCCGCGGCGUCGAUGACGUCAAGUCGGAGCCAAUGGAGCUCGUCUGCUCCAACAACAACGCCAACAAUCCGAAUGCCAACGACGAGCACAGCAACGACUCCACUGGCGAACACGACGCCAAUCGCUCCAGCAGCGGCGACGGCGGCAAAGGCUCCUUGAGCUCUGGCAACGAUGAUGAGAUCGGUGACAAUCUCACCUCCCACCAUGCCCCACCGCCAUUCAUUAUGUCGCCAGCUGACAACAAACUGUUUCCCGGUGCCGCAUUCAACUUUCCCAUAAGCAAUCUCGAUCACUCAGCCUUGCUUGGUCUCAACACACAAUUGCAACAAUCUGGCGAACUCGCUGUCUCUCCACAAGGACCGCUCAAAAUAAUACGAUCCGCAGCUACCUCGCCAACCAGUUCUACCUCAUCGCCGCCGUCACCGCCGACAGCGUUGCCCUCGCCGACCAACUCGCUGAAUGGAAGCUUGGCUGCUGCCGUCUACAACCUGCACACUCGCCCCCCUCGACCCGGGAGCGUGGGCAGCACCGGGGGCAGCAAUCUCUGCUCGGCCGCCAAUGGCGGAGGCAUCAACAGCAGCAACAACAACAACGCAAGCAAUGCCAACAACAACAGUGGGAAAAUGCAGACAUCGAUUGCCUCGGGAUCGCCGCAGUCGCAGUCGGGGAAUAGCAUACCCGGAGUCGGAGUCGGAGUCGGAGUUGGGGUCGGAGUUGUCCCUGUGCCACAGCUGCCACUGCGCAUGCCACCGCCCACAAGUGGAGGGAUCAACGAGCCACAGGAAUGCCCCUACUGCCGACGCACCUUCUCCUGCUACUACUCACUCAAGCGGCACUUCCAGGACAAGCACGAACAGUCCGACACGCUGUACGUGUGCGAGUUCUGCCAUCGCAGAUACCGCACCAAGAACUCGCUGACAACGCACAAGAGUCUGCAGCAUCGCGGAUCGAGCGGCAUGCUGAAGCGUCUGCUCAAGACCUCAGCCAUCAAGCACGGCCUGGUGGGUCACCAUGCCCAUCCGCAUCACCAUCCGCUCUCGCACUCACGCACCAGCCUCUUCGACUUUACCAGCGAGCUGGGUCAGCCGCCACCGGGCAUACAAUAGGAUCUACGUUGGAAUGCAAUUUUUUAGAGAAUAUCAUCUUUUUGGCAAACGCCGUAGAAACCAGCUACAAAUACUUUGCCCAUAUAUAUAUAUGUUUUUUUUUCGCCAUUGUGUAAGGUCCAUAGUCCGGUCUCUCACAAUUAGUUAUUAGACACAAUCUAUAUACAUAUAUAUAUUAAUUUUUUUUUUUUGUUUGAUUUACGGCUUAAAUUGUAUGUUUAAAUUAAUGAUGCGCUGCUCUCCAUCUACUUAGUAGUUGAAGUAGUCGAAGAUAUCGCUGCUUCAUGUGCAAUACCUCAAGAAAAUUUCAUUUCUUUACAAGCGCAUGCAAUAAUAUUGUGUAAAUAAGCUGGAUAAGCAUGCCUCGUAACAAUUACAAUUACAAUUACAAAAAACUCUGCGUAGUUUCAAUUAUAUAUAUAUAUAUACCAUAUAUUUUGCAAAAAACACUUAUUAGAAUUAGUUCUUUACGUUAACCAUUAAGAAUAACGACAACAACAAAAAGGGAAGAGAGUGAAGGACUAAAGCCAACAGCUAACAGCUGGGCAAGCAAACCUCUUGGGCGUCAACAAAAAAUAUUGUAAAGCAGGCGAGAUCGAGUGUGAUCGAGAUCGAGAUCGAUAACGAUAACGAAGUGAAGCGAAGCGAACAAUUUGCAGUAUAUAAUCGGCACAUAUCAAGGCGUAUACGCAGUAUUCUCCUAACAAAGAUUAGAGGAAUCAAAUUGAAACAUACGAAAAAACAUCAAAUCAGAGAAAGUCUCUCGAACACACUCUGUACUCGGAAAUGCUAAAGAAUGAACAGUUUUAAUUGCGCCCAAAGCUAGCCUAUCAUUUGCAUUGGACAAUUUCUCGUUGUUUUUUUUAUUUAGCUUUUAUUUAGUUAUAGCUUUGUCCUUAGUUUCCACACAAUUCUCUAAAAGGUCAUAUUCCAAAAAAAAACAAAAAGAAAAACAAAAAGAAAAGAAAAUAGAAAACCAAGAACAAGCAUAUGGCGUCAAGCUGCAUAUAAAUGCAUUUUUUUUUUUAAAUAAACAUAUUUGAACAUAGUUUUAAGGAGAAAAAAGUAAAUGUAUUAAACCUAAAUUAAUCUACCACUAACACAGGAAUGUUAUAAAUAUGCUAAACACGGAAACGGAAGUAGAGAGAAAAUGAUGAAACAAACAAACACAAAGUAAAACGUUAUCAGGGAUAUAAAUAUCAAGUAUGUAGUAUUAAGUCUUUUUUUUUACACACAUCUACAUUUAAGGCAAAUAAUCAGAAGUUGAAUAAAAUUUUUUUGUGAACACGUACGUGCAUAUUUACAUACAUAUAUGUACAUACUUACAUACACAAAUAUUGAAAGAAAGAAAGAAAGAAAAAGAAAGCAAAGCAAAGGCAUAUGUUUGUACUAUAUGACAGAAGCAUCAAAUAAUACAUAUGUGAUUUAUAUAAGCCGCAGACAGUUUUACAACAUAACAACAACUGCAAUUGAAACUGACUCUGAAAAUUAAUAUGAACAUGAACAUGAAAAACUAAAGCUAAAAAAUCGAAACGAAAAGAAAAGAAAAACACAACAAACAAAAACCGCAAAGUAACUCAGUGAUUUUCUACCAGUGAAGUACAAAUAUUCAGAAAUUAAAAUAAACACAAAGAAUAAUACAAAUAAUGCAACGUAAAUUAUAACGAAAAAAGUAAAGAAAACAAAACAAAAUUAUGAAAAAUAGUUUAUUUAAAAUUGUAAAGCAAAGCCAAUAAAAGCAACUAACAGCUGGGCGAAGUUUUUGUUUGAUCGGCCGAAAAAAUAACUUUGCGCAAAGGGUAAAUGAUGAAUUUAAAUCAUAGUCUUGAUUUGAUAGACCUCAUAUACCAUAUACCAUAUACCUUAUAUCUAUAUAUAAUGUAUGUACAUAUAAGUUUAAUAAAAACGUAAAUGAGAAUAACACAACACACAAAACAAAACAAAAGGUGUAACAAGAUUUUACAUUUUACAACAUACAUACUAGUACAUAUGUAUGUUCUAGUACAUAUAUUUUACAAAAACACAAACGGACAAAAAAAGAAGCAAGGAAAGCUAUGAAAAAAGGCAAGUAGCCAGAUAACAAAAAAAAAAAACACACACACACAAACAAAAUACAAAAAAAACUCAAGAACUGCCUCAUGCAAAAUACAAAAGCAAAAAAUGCAAAAAUGUAAUUGUCCAAUUGUUAUUUAAAAACAUAUCCGUAAAAUGUCUCAGGAAUUACUAACUUAAAAAAAAGCAAAUUAGAAAACGAAAAAUUCUGUAAGUUCAAACAUAAAAGUAGUGCGAUAGUUCAUCUUAUGUGUAUGCAUACUUUGUAUUUUAAAUCAAAAAGAAAAAAACACAAACUAACAUGCUAUUUUACAACACAAAAAUGUAUUUAAAGCAUAAAGUGGAUACUCGAACUUGUACUCGAACUUGUGCUCGAGCUUAUGCUCGAACUUGUACUCGAACUUGUACUCGAACAUGAACUUGUACUUGUCCAUAACAGACACAUGCAUACCUAUACAUUUUUGUAUGGCUAUGCGAUCUUCGUUUUAUAGCAAUCCAAUAAAAAUAAUUGCGUUCGAUUUGCUGUUAAUAUACAAAAACUUGUUAAUUAUUCAGCCAAAAAACGAAAAUAUACCAGAGCACUUUAAUCUGUCCGACAAUAUACAAUUCAUUAUGUAAAAUGCAAUUCGCAACUGUCUCAGAGAUCCAAAACCUGUGCAAUGUAUGAGUCAAGGAGUCUGCUAAAGUCAACCAACUAAAUCUUUCAUAUAUUUUACUCAAUGCAAAAUUGGUUUGCACCAACACAAAGCUGCAUUUAAAGAAUAUUCCAUCCAUAUUGAUACCCGAGAAGUAUCGAUAGAAAAGAUCCAGGCAGACUCAAUCAUAUGUCGCACACAAAUAAAAAGCUAAAUAGUCAUAUUACAACGCAAUUAAUCUGUGUUGAGCCUUAGAUUAUCGUGUUCACAUGGCAAAUUGCACAACAAUAUUCUACCUCUGGUGUGAGCGGUUUUAUAAUUUUAAUUAAUUUAUUAUAAAAUUUGGAAAAGCAACCAUUAAUCUGCAUAUAUAUGAACAUAUAUCUCUCUGCCUCUAUAUCUCUGAACUUCUUGCUUAAAUCAAUUUUUAAUUAUUUUCAAGCAUUUUUUUUUUUUGAUUUCGUGCAUUAUAACUUUAUUUAUUUUUAAACUUUCAUUCAUAUCCCAUUUUGCUUAACAAAAAAAGAAAGAAUCGAAAAAUAAUGCAAAUGAAGAAGAAAAAAAAAACAAACUGUGAUCUACAAAAAAAGUGAACAUUUUUUGUUUUCUUUGUACAAAAUUAUAUUUUUUGGAUGUUUUAUUUAAUUUAUAUAGUAUUUACUAUGCAAAAUUUUUGUUUAGGUACUUUUAAUAACUGUGAAUGCAAAGAAACCAACUUUUGUAUUAUUUUUUGUGAAUUUUUUCUGUUUACCUAUGUAUACCUAAAUAUACAUGAAUAAAUUGUUUAUAUUUAAUUAAAUUUAUUCAAAAUUAUACUGUUUGGAAUAUGUUAAAAUAAAAUAUUCUUAAAAAAAAACGAAAACACACCCACAGUUGUUUUAAAUAUAACAAAUUUGCUAAUCCGAUCUUCCGAUCUUUGAAUAUACUAUAAUUAAUAUUAUUUCAUCGCAAUAGACUUGACCGCUCAAUACCUAAAAACAGACAUGCCAAGUUCAAGCAUUUCUCACACUGAUUGAUUGAUGAGAAAACGUCAAAUAAAAGAGAAACAUAUACAAAACAUAAAUCCGAAAAGAAAUACAAUAUAAAACGGUUCAUAAGUAACAUACUUAUGAAAUGUUAAUCAUUUUACAUAAUAUCUAUGUAGCUGUUAGUUUAAACUUUAUACUCGUAUAUAUUUAAGUGAAUGUAUAAAUACAUCAAGUACGAACGCAGAUAUGAUGAAUAUACAUUGUAUGCGGAUAUAAUUGCGCACAUUUUACCCUUAGAUUAAAAGUACAUAUGUGCAUAUGUAAUCAUCGUAUUUACAUACAUACAUAUUUAUUCAAGGCAUAGCCCCCAUAUCAUAAGGGCUUAAGUUGGGGCCAUAAAUAAAUACUGAAUACACUUAGUCAACGAUAACCUUUUCAACAAAUACCACUCAACAAUAUACAAUACUUAUAUACUAAAAACUCGACUAAUAAGCCAACGCCCAGAAGAACCAGAACACAGCAAAACUCUUUCGAAAGUUACUGAGGAAAGCCCCCGUUCUUAACAUCUGUACAUUUUUAAUGUGUUAUGAGAAUAUCUUUUUUUAAUUCACCAAAAAUCGCAAAAUUAAUGUUGAAAAUGCAACGCAUAUCAAGCUCAAAAACAAAAAUAAGAAAACAAAAAGAGUUAAUCUAACAGUAAUAAGACAACAUUUAGAUAAUUGAAAAUUAUUAGUCAAAAUUAUAUAUAUUUAUUAUAUACAAAAACAAAAACAAAAAAAAAAGAAAAGAAACAAAUAAAUUUUAAACUGUGCUGUUCGAUGAUUUAAAUUUAACUUUUCGGUAUUUAAAAACAAAAAUCUGUGAUUACCUACAAAAUUUAAAUUAAACAAAAUUUAAUGUAUAGCACAAAAAUGUUUAUACUUAAUAGCUACAAAAGUAAUACAAAUUAUAAUCAAAUCUGUCACGAACUCUUUUGGAUUUUACUUAAUAAAUAAUUUUAAUGGCAUAAGAAAAUCGAAAAAACGAAAAUUAUAUAUGGACAGCAUACCAAAAUUAUUCAGGUUGGAUUACAAAUGUAUGUCUAUAGACAUAUUGAUAUUUAUUGAUAUGCUGUUAAAUGUUAAUAUCAUGCAGUUGCAUUUUCCAAGACUUUGGCUUCAUUAAAAAUACACUUUUCUAUAGCGAAACUGAGACAUACCCCAUGUAUGUAUUUUUAAUAAUCCUAACAUUUCAGCGCAUGUCCCGCAAUAUAUUCUACUGCAGAAAUAGUUUUAAAAACAAAUCGAUAUAUAUGUAUAUGAAUAUAUGUAUAUGUAUAUAAAUAUAUAACAUACACAUAUAAUUUUUUUUAGAUUUUACUAGGAUAAUUAAACUGUAAUUUCGAACACUUUGAAAGUCCGAAUUUAUAGAAAAGAAAUAUAUAACAGAAAUGCAUUACCAACAAUUAGCAAAUAAAUUGCACACACAUACCAACAAAACAAA